CUGAUACUGAGCGUAUCUUAUUUAAAUGAAAGGAUUUAAUUAAAGCAUAGAUUUUACUCUAUGUAUCAUUCUUUUUGUUUAUAAAAAUAUAACACUUCAGACAUUAAAAUAAGAGUAAACGAAAAAAAAAACAAUAAAACGUAAACAUAAUUUCAUACAUAACAUUAUACUUAAUUAAGUACAGAAAUAAAUAAAAAGUUAAGUUGAGUAUCAUGGAAGAUACUUCUGAGUUAACAUUAAAAAACAUUUGUUGUACAUGUUUAAGUGUAGACAGAAAUUUAAUGCAGCUCAGUCGCGUGGACGAUGGUGUAAAUAAAUUAUUUUUUUUACUGUCAUAUGAUUCUGAAGCCUAUGAGGCAAUGUUUCAAAAAGAUGCUGUAAAAUUGUUCAUCUGUUGGGAGUGUAAAGCCCUCAUGGCAAAGCUGUGCAAGUUCAGAAAUCAGGCUUGUAGUGCACAGAAGCGGUUAACUGACAUCAUAGACGGUAAAGUUGAUUUAAAAUCAAAGAUUAUAACUCUUUCACGACUAACUCGUUACCAUCAAACGUCAUACGACAAUGAAUAUGUCGCAAACAGUGAAACUAUUGAUAAUUUCAUAGAUUGUGGACCGGACAUAGAUUUUAUUAAAACGGAAAGCGACAAUGACGACGUUCCUUUAUCAAAUUUACAUAUUAAUAAUUUAAUUGAAGAUAAAGAACCUCUUUUGAAUGAUAUCACUGAAAAUAAUUCUGACAAAAUGUCGGUUGAAAAAAAAAUUAAAAAUUUAAAAGACAAAGUUUUGACAGAUAAUAUAAGUGAUUUUUACUCUACAAUUCAAAUGUCAGACGAUGAAAUGACAGAGAGUAUAGAGAAGAGAAAAUGUAUGGAUACUUACAUGAACGCGUCAAGCAAGUGUGAGUCUUGUAUCGAAGGAUUUAAAGACUAUAAUGAAUUGGAGAAACACAAUCUGGAAUUGCAUGUGGAGAAACAAAAACAUAUACAAUGCGACAUAUGUUAUGUGUAUAUGAAGCAGAAAUCGCUUUCCGAACACAGAGACGAACACUUUCGGAAAUAUAUAUGCAAUACUUGCGACCUCGUCUCCUACAGCCUUGAAAAAUUGGCGAAACAUUUGAAGCUGGACCAUUCGUUUGAUAUUAAAUGGAGUAAGAUCAGAAGAAAGAUUAUAAAAACGUCGGAAUCGAAGUCUAAACGAAGUAAAACGACAGACGCGAAAACGCAGUUUGGAUAUCUCUGCGUGGAGUGCAAUAAAUAUUUUGAGAACAAAAAUAAAAGAUACAAGCACAUACAGAAAUUUCACCGAGACGGUUUCGAGUGUUCGACGUGCGGGAAGAAAUUCGCCUUCAAAAACACUCUGAACAGACACGAACAACUCCACCGUGGCCCGCUGCCCCGCGAGCAGUGCCCCACGUGCGGCAAGAUGGUGCGCGCAGACCUGCGACAGUCGCACGCGCGCACGCACGCGCUGCGGCAGGCGCACGACUGUCGCGCGUGCGACAAGACCUUCGUCUCGCGCGCGUCAUACGAGAACCACCUCAAGUACUCGCGCCGACACGCCGUCACUGAUGUGCUCAAAUAUAAAUGUUCAAUGUGCGAGAAAGGCUACAGAUCUCGGGGGGAGCUUCGCGACCACUUCAACUACCAACAUAUGGGGAAGACGCAACACAAGUGCCCGAUAUGUGAUAAGGCGUUAGCUACCCGUCGCUGUAUAACCCGCCACGUCAGACGAGCCCACCACGGCGUGAAAGAGAACGCGAGGGAUAAAAUAUGUCAGACGUGUGGGAAGGCGUUUCGAGAUAAAAAAUGUCUCCGGGAACAUGAAUUAAUCCAUACAGGCGAGAGACCCCUCUCUUGCAAUAUCUGUGGACGGACGUUCAGACAGAGCGCUUCGCUUUACACGCAUAAGAAGCGAGUACACAAUGUUGUACCAAAGCAGCGGAUCGUUUUACACACGGACAGCGAGAAGAACAAUGAAAUAAAUGUUUAA